AUGGCGGAGCUGUCAUUCUUCGCUCGCCUCGUGCUGACGCUACUAUUCUCGGCGCUAUCUCUCUUCUUCUAUAAAUGGCUACAGAAGCCUACUACGUUCGCAUUGGGGCCUUCAACUAAGCGCUCUAAAAAACGCGGCAAGAAGAAACUUGCCAAGAAAUCUGCAGUUUCUGACUCGGUGUCACCUCUUCAGGAGCUUCCACAGAAGUCUAUAACGCCUGCAGCAUUAGAAAAAGACCCCGUGGCUGUAGAUCAAGCAGAUGAAAUCGAUGACAUGAGUGACAGUGACUCUGAUGACGACCGCUCGGCCGCGGAGGUGCUGGCCACGCGCAAGUUUAAGCCCGCGAGUCUCGGUGGCGACCGUCUCGCCCGCAACAUCAAAGCUUCGUUGCCAUCUAAGAAUGUCAGAUUUGCAGUGAACCAGAAUGUACUGGCCAGAUAUCAAGGUCGAGAUCGGUGGUUCCCAGCUACUAUCAUGGAACAACGCAAAGGCAAUGAGUAUCACUUGAAAUAUGACGACGGAGAGGUAGAAUAUCGAGUCCCGGCCGAAUUCAUCAAACGACAGCCGACAAAGAGUAAAGAGAACGUAGACAAUGAGGAAAAUGAUGCUUUUCGCGCUGUGAAAGCUGAAAAAGUGGAAGAAGUGGCUGCAGUGCAAGGGGAGGCGUCAGACUCUGGAUCGAGUGCAUCGGACGAUGAUGGCUGGCAAGUGGUGGGCACCUCCAAACGCCAGGCGCGUCGUGUGCAAGCGGCUUCUCCGGUUGAGCCGUUGGUUGAUGGUCUCACAAAACGUCAGCGGGAAAAUCGCCGCAAAAAGGAGCGGCAACGCGAGAAGAAGGAGCUGCUUCGUCAGCAUGCCCAGAAAGACGACUUGGACGCCCGAGCACGCUGGCGCUACGUGCCGUCGUAA